AUGGGCGAAGAUCAAAAGUCAAUAUCAUUUAUAUCGUACAGUGACAGUGAUGUUAAAGAACUUCGUAGUUGGGCAGCUGUCCCACGUGAUAACAACACCAAUUAUGUUGCACUGAAUAUGAUUGAUGAACAUGAACUUGAUCAACCAGCUGAACAUCGAGCAUGGUCGUCAGGUUUGAAUACCGCGGAGAAUUAUUUAGGUGAAGGUCCAACGAAACAACAACGAAUACUUUUUUCUCGGAAAGUUCAAUUGGAACAAACUACACUAGCAACUGACGAGCGUAGUGUGGAACAUAUACUUUCCUAUAUUGAUCGACAUCGUCCACGUCGACGACGAAAAUACCGUUUGUCAUGGCGAACAUUCCUAAAUACAAUGUCUGGAAUGGAUAAGAUCUAUGCCGAAGACGAUUUUCUUGCUGAUCAUCUGUAUUACCGAUUGUUAUUCAUCUUUUUCGAUUCAGUCUUUCGCGGAAUUAGUCAGGUUAUGUUCGCCAACAAUCCUCUUUCAGGAAUUAUCAUUACCGUCGGAUUGUUUAUCGGAAAUUGGGAGCUAGCUUUGUAUGGUCUUCUUGGUACAACAGUAUCAACAUUUACCGCUCAUGUUCUAGGAUUCAAUUACAGUGCUAUACGAUCCGGUUUGUAUGGUUAUAAUGGAUGUUUAACGGCAAUGGGAAUCGCUUAUUUCAAUUUUCCACAUUCACCACAAUUAAUACCGGCAGUUGUCAUUAUGAGUAUAUUUUCAUCGAUAUUUGCGAUGGCAGUAGGAAAAGUUCUUAUACAAAAACUAGGAAUUGCACCGUUUACAUUCGGUUUUCAAAUUUCUACCUGGAUAUGGUUACUUGGUUCAUUGCGAUAUCGAUAUUUUUUCAUUGACGGAACGAUAUUAUCUCCUUCGUUAUUAUCAACAAACAAAAUCAAGCCCGAUUUAUCCAAUGUUACAUUUCCUGGUUAUUCAGUGGAAGAUAAUUUUGUCGGUUUCUUCGCCGGCAUUGCUCAAGUCUAUUUUAUCGAAAAUCCAUAUACCGGUGCAAUAAUCCUUGUUGGUGUUUGUCUUUGUUCUCGUAUACUUGCAUUUUUUGCAUUGUUUGGUAGUGUAACCGGUCAACUAAUUGCCGCGUAUCUCUUAGGCAUGUCACCUCAGUCGAUUCAUGCUGGUUUAUGGGGUUACAAUACCGUUUUAACAUGUCAAGCGUUAGGUGGAAUGUUUUUCGUGCUGUAUGGUUAUCGAAUUUGGUUGUUUACAUUGUAUGGCUCAUUGGUAACGAUACUCCUUCAAGCUGCUGUUUCAGCUUUUUUAAGUCCAGUCGGUAUGCCGACGUUAACAUUUCCAUUUACGGCAAUCUGUUGGAUAUUUUGUUUGAUAGCUGGUUCGAAAGAUUUAAUAGCAGUAAAAGUUACAUCUGUGAGCGUACCCGAAGAUCAUUAUCGCCGUUAUCGCAUUUCUCAAUUGAUAAAAGAUCAGUUUUAUUUCCUGAACCACCUCACGAACCUUUCUUUAUCAGCCGAUGAUGAAUUAACAUGGGAGGAAUUAUCGAAAAUUCAAAGCGAAUUUCUCCCGAUCUUAAUGUGUUCCUACGUUUAUCUAAAUGAUUAUCGUUCAUUGAAAAUGUUAGUUAAACAAGAGAAUAACAUACGAUUUACCGAUCAAAACUAUCGUAGUCCGUUACAUAUUAGCGUCUCUCAAGGAAACUUCAAAAUCACCAAAUGGCUCAUCGAAGAUGUUAAAAUCGAUGUCAAUCUAGUUGAUCGACAUGGAAAUACUCCUCUAUUCGACGCCAUAUGGCACGGACAUUUUAAUUUACUGGCAUAUCUUUUUAAUCGGGGUGCACGAUUACCCGGUGAUAAAUCUCGAGAAUUAGCGUUCUAUUUAAACGCGUUCGUAUAUGAAGGCAAUCUUGGUGCAAUGAAAUGCUUAAUUCAAUGUGGCUUAAAUCCGAACAUUGGCGAUUACGAUGGCAAAAAUUCGUUACAUAUCGCUGUGCUUACAAAUCAAAUCGAUAUUGUUAUUUAUUUAGUGGAAAAAACUCGUGUUUGGCUUGACAUUGCCGAUCAUUCGCAUCGAACAGCGAUGGAUUAUUCGUUCACAUUAGAAGAUCCAUCGAUACGAAACUAUUUGUCAGAUAAAAUUGCUAACAAACACAAUCCGUUGAGUAUCAAUCCUGAAAAACAAAUUUUCCUGGCAAACUCCGAAGAAAAACUUUCGGAUAAACAAGAAGAUAAAAGUUCAACGAAAAGUCUUGAUGAAAUUUUACUACCAUCAUUAUUCUGGAUUAUCUCUGCACAAAAUGAUCACGCCAAAGUUUCACAUUUCCUUCAACAAUUUCCACAUUUGAACGUGUUCAAAUGUAUGAAUUAUGAUUUACGUUCGAUUGCACAUGUAGCUGCCGUCGAUGGUCGACUGGAAACGAUUGAAUUUCUAGCAAAACUUACUGAAAAAUCUCGCUUUGAAGAAAUCGUUUUAAGAGAAGAUCGAUGGGGCAUAACACCAUUAGACGAAGCAUAUCGAAAUCGACACUUUCACGUUUGUAAUUUUAUUCUCAAUAACAUUGAUCGCCCACUUCAACAACCAGUGAAACAUUACGAGAAUAAAAUUGUCGAUUUAGUUCAUAAAUGGCACAAAAUUCAUUUUCUUUUAACUUUAGUCACCUCCGGUCAAUCGGAGAGAAUCGAUGGAUUAUUUUUUCGUGGUUAUUUCAAUUUACAAGAAGCUUAUACCGACUAUCUCGGACGAACUCCGAUGCAUUACGCUGCGGCUAACGGCCAUCUAAAUGUCGUGCGAGUGUUAAGAAAAUACGGUUAUGAUGGUCUCACACAGCGAGAUCGAUGGGGAAAUUAUCCCAUCGAUGAAGCCCGACGGAAUAGUUAUCAAUAUAUUGUGGAUGAAUUCGAAAAAACUUCGAAUUAA